AUGAAUAAUGUCUCUAUCAAGGGUGAGGAUGUCUCACAAAUACAAACUGACCAACGAAGAUUAGAGUUUCUUAAUGACAGUAAAGGGAACGAUGAGGUUGGUGCUUUAGUUUUUGACAUUGGUUCAUACUCAGUGCGAGCUGGUUAUGCUGGUGAAGACUGUCCCAAGGCGGAUUUUCCCACAACUUUGGGUAUGCUUUCUCCUGAAGAUUCUCUCCCCAAUGAGCUGGAGAAAGACCGGAAAUUAAACCGAGUGUAUUAUAUUGAUACUACGUGUCUGCACGUUCCACGGCCACUCACCGAGGUCACCUCUCCCCUCAAGAAUGGCAUGAUUGAAGACUGGGAUGCCUUCCAAGCUAUACUGGACCACACAUACAACAAACACCUGAAGUCAGAUCCUGCUCUGCACCCUGUUCUAAUGUCAGAGGCACCUUGGAAUGCCAGAGUGAAGAGAGAGAAGUUAACAGAGUUGAUGUUUGAACAUUAUAAUAUUCCAGCUUUCUUCCUGUGUAAAACAGCAGUUCUCACCGCCUUUGCAAAUGGUCGCUCCACAGGACUAGUAUUAGACAGUGGAGCCACACACACAACAGCUCUCCCAGUGCAUGAUGGGUAUGUCCUCCAACAAGGUAUUGUCAAGUCUCCACUUGCUGGGGACUUCAUUACAAUGCAGUGCAGAGAGUUAUUUCAAGAAAUGGGCGUUGAAAUUACCCCACCUUACAUGAUAGCAUCAAAGGAACCUGUCAGAGAGGGAUCACCCCCAAACUGGAGAAGAAAGGACAAACUACCAAAUGUUACUAAGUCAUGGCAGAAUUACAUGUGCAACGAGGUAAUACAAGAUUUCCAGGCUUCAGUUCUGCAAGUAUCAGACUCUCCAUAUGAUGAACAGGUAGCUGCCCAGAUGCCAACUGUUCAUUAUGAAAUGCCUAAUGGCUACAAUACAGACUAUGGAGCUGAGAGGCUGCGGAUUCCAGAGGGAUUAUUUGAUCCAUCUAACGUAAAGGGUCUCUCCGGCAAUACAAUGUUAGGAGUUGGUCAUGUUGUUACUAGCAGCAUUGGAAUGUGUGACAUAGAUAUCCGACCUGGACUGUAUGGGAGUGUAAUUGUCACUGGAGGGAACACGUUGCUUCAGGGAUUUAACGACCGACUAAAUCGAGAGUUAUCUCAGAAAACUCCACCGAGUAUGCGUCUAAAACUCAUCGCCAGCAAUAGCUCCAUUGAGCGCCGUUUCAGUUCUUGGAUAGGAGGCUCCAUCUUGGCCUCCCUGGGUACCUUUCAGCAAAUGUGGAUCUCCAAGCAAGAAUAUGAGGAAGGUGGGAAACAGUGUGUUGAGAGAAAAUGCCCAUAAUUGCAGACAUUACUGUUACUAUCAACAGUACAACAUCACUCUAACAACUUCCCACUACUACAGACGUAACUGCUAGUAACCUACUUAUCUCGCUAACAUAUUCUGCUGAUAUCACCACAAAACAUAUUUGGCUUCUAUGCUCCCUUCAGCCACAACAGUCUCCACCCUUAAGGCAAUCUCAAAUCUUCCUCACUGCAUUCUUAAUUCAAUGUCUUUUUCACACUGAAUGGCACGCAUGCCUUUCUCAACAUUACAUGUGGCGCCAACAGAGUAACACUUUUUUAUGUAUUAUGCCCUGACAUUAAAAUGCUUUUCUAAUCAUCA